GUCGGAGCUGAAAAGUCUUCUCGAGGCUCUAGCCAAGAGCCAAGAAGCCUUGGCUAAGGCACAAGUGGUGCCCAAGCCGACCAUCAAUCUCCCCGAGGCGCAACGAUUUGUUGGCGUGAACUAUAGCACGUGGCGGCUUAAGUUCAUUCGGCGCGCUAAGGAGGUUGGAUUGUGGAAAUACUACGACCAAGCUACCGAAGUACCGGACGACACGGCUUCGGACAAGGAGAAGGCGGCGUACAAGGAGAAGAACGAGCACGCUCUCUUCCAACUGUGCAACUCGGUGGCGGAUGGAAUCCCCAUCGGGAUGGACGACUUCGUCGAUGAAGUCAACGCCGCACAACUCGGGUGGGAUCACAUGGACUCGCUCUACAUGGGCAAGACCGAGGCGAACAUGGCGAACGUCCGUCAGAAGCUCAUCCUACUCCAUUUGAAGCCCAACGAAACGAUCACGGAGUACGUGAAUCGUGCCAAGAGCUACGGAGACGAGCUGAAGGCGAUGGGCGUACCCGAGACCGAGAAGCAAAUGAUAAGCUACGUCAUCGGUGGACUUCCGGACGGGUGGGAGGCGCACAAAGGCAACGACUCGUGUAGCCGACCGAAGACAUUGACGGAGUUGGCGGAAACGCUUCAAUCAUUGGAGCUAAUCCGCACCAACACCAUGAACAGAAGGAAGCUCUUGGAAGAGCUCUUUGGCGAAAACCCAGCGCUUGUCAAUGCCGUUGGAGCCGGAAAACCGAACGAGUGGAGAAGGUCAACGCGGACGGGGAACCUUCCCCGGCACUUGCAACCAUUGCAACAAGUACGGGCACAAGGCGAUGGAUUGCUAUUCUAACCUGAAUGGCAAGAACUAUAGGGGAGCACGGUCGCAAGACAAGACAACAACUCUUGCCAAGACCAACGUCGUGGAAGCCGAGAAAGCAAAGGAGGACGACGCUAUCAUGGGCGGAGCACACAAGGCGAAUGUGGCCCGCGCCUCAUCGGCGUGUCUCCUUGCUAAGGGUGUGCAAAGCAAGGCGUGGUUCAUGGAUAGCGGAUGCACGCAACACAUGACCAACCGGG